AUUUGAACGCUGCGCAUGCGCCGUGUAUAAAAAACGAAUUCGCGCGCUCCGACCUCUUCGCAUCGCUUUUUUCUCUAACCAUUUUUUCGUUGCUUAACAAAUAUGCUUUACUAAGCCAUAAACCAAACUGGAAUACGAGAAAGUAAAUUAAAUAAUUCAAAGUGUGAGAAGAAUCAAGAGGAAUAAAAUGCGGAUCCCCAAGGGAAGAUUGAGUGACUGGCUUCUGCCAUUGGCAUUUGUUGCCAUCCUGAUUCCCUUCAGCCAAUCCACUGGCUCUGUUCCCCAACCCUCUCAAAUCAACAGAAACUCUCGAGGCACCCACAACAACAACAGCAAUAGCAACAGCGAUUCCGAACUGAGUGCCUCGGAGCGUAGUCGACGACUGAUACCCUACAUGGCCUUCUAUCUGCCCGCCCCCGAGUUGCCCAUCAAUCAGCAGUAUGCCAGCAAGCACUCGUCAUCGGCUGGAGGGGCACAGCUGCAGGCACCGCUGCCAGGAAGGAUACCAGUGCCGUUGGCCUACAUGCCGCAACAGAAGCACCAUCCUCAUCACCAUGGACCACCGCAUCCACCACCAGUACCGCAUUAUCAGUCCGGAGCAGCUGAGGUAUACCACUCUCUGGCUAUUGGAGGCCAUCAGCAUCAGCAUCCACAUGGAGCCCCACAUCCACCACCUGGUCAUGUGAAAGAGCAGCAGGCUAUAAGCGAUUCCGGUGGCUCCACUUAUAUUGCCUAUAAACCAUUGAACCCGACGCACAAGCACAAGACUGUGCAGCAUUUUCCGCCGCUACCGCCAUCGCCCAAGGAGCAAGUGCAGCAGCAACCACAGCAGCAUCAUCUCCUACUGCAUCACCAGCAACAACAACAACCACAACAAUUUGAGAUACUAUCACCGGGCUUGGUGGCAUCAUCCCAGUCGCAACGCCAACGUGGCAAACAAUCAAAAAUCAAUUUAACGCCAUUUACAGCGCAGAACACAUUGCCGGGACAGUUUAUACCCAUUAUUUAUACGCCAGUGAGCAGCAAGCCGGACUCCUCCAAUACCAUCAAUUACAACAACAUCCAAAGCAACCUGAAGCAGCCAGAAAUUGUCUAUAAAAAUUCCCAUCAAACACAAAUCGUUACGGAUUAUGCAGUCGGUGUAGUUGCCUCAGCCGAACAACAGCCAUCACCAUCAUCAUCGUCAUCUGAUGAGGAGUUGGAGGUGCAAAAAGAAGAGAAGGUUGAGGAGCACCAUCAGCAGCAGCCGGAAAAUCAUGGUGUCCAAGAGGAGGCAGUGGAGGAACAUCAGCAACACCAGCAAGUGCAAAACAAUCCAAGCUUGGGCUACGCUUCCAUCUCCGUUCCCGAUUCGAGUGCAGUUACCACCGCCACCACAUCCUCUAAAAACGCAUUGAUAAUACAUCAAAAACCGCCGGCAUUCGGGCAUGUUAGUAAAUACGAAAGUUACUUCAACAUGGCCCCGCCCACAACUAGUGUUGGCCAUCAUCAUCCUCAUCAGCAACAGCAUCAGCAUAUGACGCCCCAGGAGAAAUAUGUGCUUUACUUACAACAGCGUAUGAAACACCAAAAACAUCAGCAUCUGCAGCAGCAGCAGCAACUGCAUUACGACUUUUCACAUCCGGUGGUGCCGGCACAAAGCAAUACACUAGCCGGUAGCCACCAUCCACAACACACCCAUCUGCAUCCUCAUCAUCCCCAGACUAAGACCCAUCAUACGCCAAACAAGUAUGAUGGCCUGUAUGUAAGACCGGAUGCGACUGCUGGCCAACAGGUGCUGCACAUCCCACUGCGCGCCCUCAUGGCUCACGUCCAAGAGCAGUCGCACUCCCAGUCACAACUGCAGACGGAGACGCAGGCACAGCAGCCGCGUCAAGAGUUUGCCAAGGAUGAGCCACUGGGUUCCCCAGCACCACCCCAGUUUAUUGACUAUCUGAUAGAUGGGCCCAGGCAAUCAUUGGAUGAAGACCAGCAUCAUUCGCAGCAUGAGCGUCCUUCGGCGCCACAACCACCGCAGCAUGCAUACAUUCUGGUUACCACGACAGCGCCACAUAUUGAACACCAGCCUGCGCCACAAAUGCAUCCAGAAAUUUCCACCCCUCGUCCUCCCAUUCUCUACAAUCAACAGCCCACACUUCGAUUGCAGCCAGUGCAUAGUUACAAGGCCACAAGGCGUCCCAUUUACGUGACCACACCCUCACCAGCGGGUCCACCAACUUCAAGUCACACAGUUGAGAUUACGCCGAAAUAUGUUUAUGUUUCUGGAAAACCCAACAGUGCCCAGAUUCCAGAGUUACCGAACAGAGAACCAUCCACGGUAACACCCAUAAAACUAAAACCCGUUUACAAAUACGCCCAUGAGCGACCUCCAUUAACACCAGCUUAUAUACCAGAGGAUCAGGAUCAGUUACCAGAUAUUCGUACAUCAUCGCUUGCGGAAAUCCUUCAUAAGCUUCAAGCCAGCAAUCAUCUACCACAAACUCUAACACCCGACAACAUCGACAACUCCAUAAAAACGUUGAUUCGCAUAUUACAAAACUUAAAGCAAACGCAAACCAUUGUGGCUAAUCCUCCGCAGCAUCACGAAGAGCACAAGCCCAGUUCCCAGGAUUACGAUUACAAUACGGGUAGCGAAGAGGAGCAUCAUUCGCAGUCGGAGGAUGUAAAACCCAAGGGACCAAAUAAACAUCCAGGACCAAGUACUGGAAGAGCUGGCAUCGACUAUCCCAAUUAUGCGGAGAUCCCUCAAACCAGUUUUGAGUGUACUAAACAGCGGUAUAAGGGAUUCUUUGGCGAUCCGGAGACCAACUGCCAAGUGUGGCAUUACUGUGAUCUCAAUGGAGGAAAGGCAUCUUUUCUUUGUCCGAAUGGAACGAUAUUCAGUCAGAUUGCUUUGACCUGUGAUUGGUGGUUCAAUGUCAAAUGUUCGACUACCGCCCAGCUUUAUGUGCUCAACGAACGACUUUACAAGUACAUACUGCCCUUUAAUCCCAAGUUUCCCGAGGACUACAAUGGACCAAUUGUGGAUAAGUACUUGGCUAUGAAGUUCCAAGAAAUGGAGGAAAAGAUGCGCCUGGAGAAGCAACGCAAGGCCACUCAGCAGGCAGAGAAACCAGUUGAAGCUCCAUCCACUCCUGCGCUACCUAAAAACCACAAGCCAGAACCCAAGCAUGGUAGUGGAAUCAAUGCUCAAGUUUAUGAGCAAAGCUCGGAAAGGAAUCUUCUUAUCGAUGAUGAGAUAGAUGAUAUAUCUGAACGUGGGACCUAUGAUACCUUCGAUCAAACAGCACCCACAACUUUAAUGGCACCUACGAGCACCCAGGAUACCCAAUCCUAUGUCCUAAAACCCAUUGUUGUGUCCUCCACACCACAACCAAGUCCAGAGAUUGAUUUUGAAGUGGGGCCAACAGCUCCAGAAAGCAGUGAAGAGGAGGAUAAAUUGCAAAAUCUAAGAGAGACUAAGGAUGCGGAAAAGAAAAGCCGUGAGACCACAAAAGUAAGCGUGGAAAAACUAGAGGUUAUUGAGAUCAAAACCGAUGGAAACACUGGACAACUGAUGCCCAUCAAGGAAAGUAGCAAAUAAGCAUUUUCGUGGACAGGAGGAAUAGCUUGCCAUAUUUGUAAUGAGAAAUUCGUCUGCGAGUUGGUUGUAUAAUCCCUAAAUUAUUCUUAGCGAGCAAGUACUGUAAAUAGCUAGCUGUAAAUGCAACUGUAUACAUACCUAUAGCUAUAGUGAAAUAAAUCUGACUAGUAAGUAAAGAGAAAAAAGUAUCAUAGGACUUACCUCCUGGCCAUUUUGGAUGUUGAGUAGAGCUGAAUUUAAUGAAUUU